CCUCCCUCCAGCAAGAGUUGUUUCCAGCAAGGGCUGUGACAAGGCAGAAUCGAGGCAGCUGCUGCUGUGGCCCCACAGUGCUCAGUACAGGAGCGGAAAGCAGAGACAUGGGGAUUUUUAAACUGACAUUAUUCCCCACAAGUACAAACCUAUAUUCUGAGAAUAAGCAGAAUGAAAUGGAAGAAGAAAUCAGUUUGCCUGCUUGGCUUGAGGUUUUGGUACAUAUCAGAAUGAAUUUGCCAAGCUGCAAGAAGGAUGCCGGGGGUGCGGAGGAGCGAGGUGAAAGGGACGCCAGAGCCAAGACGGUGCUAAACGCGGCGAGGCACGGCCACCUUCGACCUUUGCUUCCCGGGAAGGAGCAGAACGAUCCCGCAUGCUGAAGCGCUCGGCAGGAGCCGCACGCCCGCCGUGGCCCAGUGACCUUUCUCCUCCCGUCACGGGGCCAGCUCCCGGUUCGCUGAGCUCGGCCUCCGCGCUGCGGCCGGCGGCAUCCCGGGAUGCGGCGCCGGGACCCCGCCGCGCCCGCCGUCCCGCCUCCCGCGAUGUCCCGGCCACCCGCGCCUCCCCAGCGGGCCCCCGUGUCGCAAUGCCCGGCAUUACUGGCAAUGGAUGGUGAGAGAAGGCAGUUUCCCUGCUUGUGCUCUUACCUGGCUCAUACCUUUUCUUUCCCAAGAGCAUUUCUCUGAAGGGCACUGCUCCCACAGCCGUGGCAGGGCUGUACCCCAUCAUGUGAGCGCUGCCUGGCCUGGCACAGCCCAGGAGCAAGGCUGGAGUCAUGCAGCUGAGCACACACACAGCA